AUGACUCACUCAUACGGUCAACGUUCAGGAACCAGACACAAGUUCGCCCGUGGAUUCAGACAACACGGUCUCCUCAAGACUACCACUUUCUUGAGAACCUUCCGUUUGGGAGAUAUCGUUGAUAUCAAGGCCUCCGGUAAUGUCCACAAGGGUAUGCCACACAAAUACUACCACGGUCGUACCGGUCGUGUCUGGAAUGUCACCCCACGUGCAGUUGGUGUCAUCGUAAACAAGCGUGUUGGUCCACGUUACAUUGCCAAGAAGAUCCACGUCCGUAUUGAGCAUGUCAGACCAUCCAACUCCAUGGCCGCCAACAAGAAGGCCAUCGAGCAAAGACGUCAAGCUUUCUUGGCUGCCAUCAAAGCCCGUAAGGCCGGUCAAAAGGUUGUCCUCCCAGUCUUGCCAGCCCAACCAAAGACUGGUUUCUUUGUCAACCCAAGAGACUCUGAGCUCCAAACCAUCACCCCACUCCGUUACGAGUUGUUAUUUAUACUUUCAAAUGAAUUCACAUCGUUGUCAAUAUCCUCUAGUUUGUUAGCAUUUUGUUUUUCGUCAAUCAGAUCAAAUCAAAGAAAAAAAGUUUCAAAAGAAAAAGUUAUUGUUGUAAUUUUCAAAUGUUUUGGAAAAACAAUAACAACAAAAAUAUUUGAAAAUCUACUUUUAUUUUUUAUUGUUUGUUGUUUUAAUAAAAAAACCGAUCUAUUGAACUUAACUUGCAUCGUUUAUGAUAAAACUCAAAGUCGAAUUGAUUAUUUCGAGCAAGAGCCUUCUUUCGUUAGUCGUCAAAUAAUUAUAAAACAAAACAAAGAUAUUUAA